AUGGAGUUUCACGACUACCCCGUUUUACGUGAAGAAGCUACGGAUAACAUUAAUGAGAUUAAUAAUAAAGUUGAUGAUGAGAGCAAUAUAAGUUCAUCGAAAAAGACGAAGCGUCUAUUGGGUUUAUUACGCGAUCGACCGCCACUGAAGACAACGAUUAAAUUUGUCACCGCGGUAACCACGAUAUACGCUUUGUUUGGCGACGACAUUCGUGUGAGUUCCACUUCACAAUCAGCGGAUAAUAUUUUUGAUAUUUUUACAACAAUUUCGUUAUUUAUUUUCACCAUUGAGAUUACCGCAGCUUCGAUUGGAAAAAAAGGAUAUUUAUGGUCAUUUUUUUUCUUUCUUGAUCUACUAUCAACUGCAUCGCUGUUACUUGAUUUAACUUUUUUUGCGGAAAAUUUUUUCGAAAAUAGUGGUGACACGGGUGUGACACGCGUCGGUCGUGCCAGCCGAGCGGGGAGUAGGGCUGCUCGAGUAGUGAGGAUGAUACGACUAAUACGAUUAUUAAGAAUAGUAAAACUAUACAAGGUUGCACUGGGGAGGAAAAAAGAGGAGAAAAAAAUGGAAAUUUUGGAAAAAAAUGAUAAAAAAAGAACCAGUACUCAAAGCGAUCUGUCGUCCGUUGAGGAAAAAGGAGAUGAAAAUUUCCGAGAUGAAAGCCGAGUUGGAAAAAAACUGUCGGAGUUGACAACCAGAAAAGUUAUAUUGUUGGUAUUGGCGAUGUUAUUCGUUUUACCACAAUUUGAAAUUACUGGACAUUUUGAAGAGAUGGAAACAAGCCCACAACCAUUUACAAAGGCCUCCGCCGUGCGCAACAUCAUACAAACGAUUUUCAUAUGUCUUAUUUUGGGUGGAGGCGCAUUGUUCUUCUCGAAAGAUGCAAAUGAUUUGGUGCUUCGGCCGAUCGAACGAAUGGCAGAAAAAAUGGAGAAAUUGAGAAUAGUGGAGCCACUUGAAACUGUUAUAUUGGAAAAAACGAUUAUCAAAAUCGGCGGACUUCUAGCAGUGGGAUUUGGGGAGGCGGGCGCUGAAGUGAUUAGCCAUAACAUACGAGGUGGUUCAGCAGCUGUUAACCCUAUGGUGGCCGGAUCGCGUGUAGAAGCAAUUCUGGGUUUUUGCGAUAUACGGCAAUUUAAUAUCGCCACUGAGGUGCUGCAAGAUGAUAUAAUGAUAUUUGUGAAUCAGCCAUAUGUAGCAACCAGCCUUACGGACCCCUCUGUGAGGGAUUGUGGGCGAGAGCUGAACGGGGUACGAAACGGGGACCUCUCGAAGAAUAGCUUGGUAGCAUAA